AUGUAUAAAUCCUCGUCAUGUGUCACCUGCAGCAGUUGCAACGCGAACGAGGAAGAAGAUGCAGUGCAUAGGAAUACUGACCGUGCGCUAACCACGAACGCUGGUGCAGGACGACGAUGGUCAAAGGUGGUAUAUCUGCACCAGCAGAUUGACGAUCAUAAUGUGACGGCAAAUAGUCACUUAGGAGCAAAGAAGUGUAAAAAUAAGUGCAACGUGAAGCGUGCGGACGCUGCGACGCGUAACUACUCAUUUGUGACCCUUUUCGUGUCAACGAGUGCUCAUCCUCCAUCCUAUGGCCGUAUUCGCGACGCUCUUCUACGUGCUAGAGAGCGAAUCCCGUGAAGAGGUGUAACAUCGACGGAGCCAUGGAUGGUAGCGGGAUGGUACAGCAGAUGGGAUUCGGGGCUGCCUCAAUGAUUCCAACAGUUGCCAGUGCGGCAGAAACUGUUGUAGAAAUAAUUAGUGUUCCAGAGAACACCGUAGGCUUGGUUAUUGGUAGAGGUGGAUCUGAGAUACAAAACAUCCAGAGCACUACUGGAUGUCGUGUGCAAAUGAGCCCAGAUGGUGAUCCUGGGACAGGCGUACGUCAGUGCACACUGCAAGGCAGUAAGAUGGCCGUAGAAAGAGCUAAACAAAUGAUAACCGAUGUUAUCACGAGAGCAGCAUCGCGACCUUCAGCUCAGAAUUUCACAGCUACUGAUGGGCGUGCAAUCACCGUUGAAAUGAGCAUACCGGCUACAAAAUGUGGUCUUGUCAUUGGUAAAAUGGGUGAAACCAUCAAGCAGCUCCAGGAGCAAGCCGGCUGCAAAAUGGUAAUGAUACAAGAUUCACAAGAAGUUACUGGUCAAGCAAAGCCUUUACGUAUAACUGGUGACCCAGAGAAAGUUGAAAUAGCCAAGCGUCUUGUAACUGAUUUGAUCAACUCACGAGAAGAUAAUGGCACCAUACCGCGGCUGUACUCUGAACAGGCCACAGCAAAGGGAGAGGUAGUUGUCCCUCGUGCUAGUGUUGGGAUGAUCAUAGGUAAAGGAGGCGAGACCAUCAAAAGACUUGCUAUGGAGACAGGAACAAAAAUCCAAUUCAAAGCAGACGAUGAUCCCACAUCUCCUGAUCGAUGUGCUGUUAUCAUGGGCUCAAGAGAGCAGAUAUACAAAGCCACCGAACUUAUCACAGAGUUGGUACACAAGAGCUGUAGCGGUUCUAUGAUGACCGGUCAGACAGAGGCUUUUUAUAUGCACGUUCCAUCCAACAAGACGGGUCUCGUUAUAGGUAAAGGUGGAGAGACAAUCAAGCAGAUCAAUGCGGAAAGUGGUGCACACUGUGAAUUGUCGCGCGAUCCUCCACCGAAUCCCCAGGAAAAGGUGUUUAUAAUCCGUGGCACACCAUAUCAAGUUCAUCAUGCACAACAUAUUAUUCGAAUCAAGGUCGGCGACAUCGCUCCGGGCACCCCCGUUCCUCCUUUCACUGGCGCUGGAGCACCAAACGGUAGUAACUUUAGUGUCUCACAGUACAAUGGACAGUAUGGUGCUAGCCUUUGGAAUAAUACUUAUGGCCAGCAAGCCGAUGCUGGAAAUGGUUGGGCAAAUCAAGCUGGGCAGUACUACACAGGAGCAGCAGCAGCCAACGCUCAGAAUUCAUAUGGCAAUAUGCAGGGAUACACCUAUGUGCCUCAGUCUGGGCCUACUAUCAAUCCUCAGACAGGACAACCUGACUACUCAGCUCAGUGGGCUGAAUACUAUAGGUCUAUGGGUCUGCACGAUCAGGCGGCGUUGAUCGAGGCUCAAAUGAAGCAGAACCAGGCUCGUACUGCAGCAGCAGCAUCGGCGAAUCCACCGCCACCGGGAACGACGCCGACACAGUCGACUUUUUCGAACGCUGCCUAUCCAGCAACAUCUGCAGCAGCCGCAACAUCGCAGUAUUCUGGCUAUUCAGGUGCACAAACGCAGAAUUUUCCCGCAACCGGUCAAUUCCAGUCUCAGCAGCAGCAGUUCUAAAUGUGGGUGAAAUAGAGGGAUGCAUUUUAUCGAGAAAUUUAGAUCUCGGAACAACCCGUCAGAAAUAUGACGAGUCUGUUUUAUGUUUAUGUGACUGUGACUUGUUGUUUUUUCUGCGGGUACUAAUGUUUCGAUGUUUUUGUUUUCAUCCACUGUUUGUCGUGUCGUAUGUUGUAGAAAGACAGCGCCUAACACUCAUCGAGCAUAAGUCUGCAUUUUGGCUCCGCACUUUUGAUAAAUAGCAUAGAAGCGAUCGAAAAUUCAUCACCUUCCAUCACAAGAAGCUGUCAGGGUUUAAACGAAAGUUUAGUUUUGUCGCUGAUAUAGGGCAUGGGAGACUAGCUUAUCUCGUGUGAAAAUGUCGCAAAGAAGGGAAGCCAAACUUUCGUGCUUGGAAGAUUUUUGAAAAGCGAUUAUCGUAUUUUCGUUUGUCGUUUAUUGUUGUUCUUCUGGGAAUACUUUCGUACCACCUUAUUUUGUAGGUAAUGAAUGAGUAUUUGAUAAGAAGCAUCUUGGCAUUGACUUCUAUUGGCUGGGGAGGUUGUUAAUCUGGAUUGCAUGGCUCAUCAUAUUCGCUAAUCCUUUUCGCAUACAUCUCGGAAUGCACCGGUCUUCGUCUCGGGUGCUCAGUUAUCCCGAAAUUUCUGAAGAGACAUUGUACUUGAAAAUUCUGAUCAUUGAAACAGUCGCAACAUGUUGUACCUAUGGUUCAUGUGAGAAAUUUGUGCAACGAUGCAAGUUUGAGAUUGCAGGAAAGUCUAACCUAUAUGACUUAACUACGAGGUAAUUGUAAUUUCACAAACUAAUAUCAUCAAUGCUUUUACUUUGUCGAAUGUUGUUUUACAUUUCAUGCUCCCAAAAUGUUCGUGGUAAGGUUGAUUAUGAGAUUGUUUGCUACUAUCAAAAAUCGUUUGGGCUCAAUAUGUUUUGCGUUUAUUCUUCUAGUUGUUAAUGUCAUAUGGAUUCGAGGGAGAAGGGAAAUGUUGUUCAAUCAAUCGCAAUAGGAUUUCGUCUGUUUGCUACGGGAAUAAUGAUCCUCUCCUUAUCAUUCUUGUAGGCGUAUCGGCAUUUCGUUUUAUGUUUGCACUUUGUAUUUGUGGUUCCGUCUGAAGGGACUCCCUAGUAAGGGGCCCAGAUGCAGGUCAUACAAACUUCUUUGCUUUUUGUGAUGUCAAAAUAGUUUUGUAUGCUUGAAGUUUCGGAUUAAAUUUAUCCUGCAACUUUUGCUCCGUUUCUGCUAUGCCUCGUCAUCACUCAUUGAGAAAGCAGUUCUUCGCACUGCUUCUUAUUUGGAAUAUCAGCUAUCUUCAGCCCUUGUCAGAUUUCGCUGCUCACUGAUGUCACGAAUACUAAUGUACAUGGCCAGAUUCUCUGCUAGAACAGCACAAGAGUUCUGAUCAGCUAGCGGCGGGCGAUUACGAGUGAAGGCAGAUUUUUUCUGCAUUUCACUUGGUGCAUUCCGCGGCGCUCGCCAGCUCGUCAUCUUGUGUGCCCCUUGUUGUCCGCUGUUUUGAGGUUCUGAUGCAGCUCCUUACACACCUCCAUGAAUGCAGUUCGGUCGUAAUUCUUGCGGUAUCUUUGCUUUUGUGUUCUUACAUUUUCUGAGGUACUCUCAUCAAACUCGUCUUGCUCAACAUUUCUUUGCUGUUUACUUUCAAAGGAGAUUAUUUUUCAGUGUUUUGUAUUCGAGUGAAUUAACUGGUACGAGCUUUGGGAUUAUUUAUUUCAUCUUUUGAGCAUGUUUGAGCGAAUGAGUGAGCCGAUACGCUUUGCGGAUUGUGCGCCACCCUAAAGCUAUCAACUUUAGUGAUCAAACAGAGAAUGUCCUGCUGACGAAUAGUCUGACAGCUUCAUAAAAAAAAUAAAUUUAUCUGUUCUCAUCUGUGGGAAGUUUGUGUUUUGCGGUCUUUGCGGUAUGUGAACGAUGUGCAGUGAGGUUUACGCUUUUCCUCACUGUUGUGUUACCUAUUCAUGAUACAGAGAAGUUCUUCAUUGAUAUUUGUUUUUGUAACCGUGUCUAUCUACCGUGUUUGAUUUGAUGCUUCUUUAUUCUUUGUUUUGCACUUGUCGCAGUUUUUCAUAUUGUUUACUUUUCGAUUCUUUGGUGUUUUUGUCGAAUAAAUGUUGUUAUCUUCGUAA